AUGUCAACAUCUAUAGUUGAAAGUCUGCACAAUAUACCCGCAAAAAAUCAUCAGUUGCCCAUGACCCUUAAACAACCAUCUCUCCAGCCUGGCUUCCGCCUAGAGGUAGCGAGUCCAGAUGACAUGCCAGAGAUCUGGCAGGUAUAUGCGGCAGCUUUUGAGGAAGAUGAGGUGUGGCCCGGUCUCUUUCGGGAUGUAGUUAAUCCAGCAGAAAUUUAUCCUUGGAUUUGUACCAAUUUCGCUCCUCGACUAAACUUUCCCGAUAUAAUCACUUAUAAGAUUACGGAAGAUGCAUCUGGAGCCAUUGCAGGUUGGACAGCUUUACAGAUUCCAUGGAAAUAUUUGCAUCCGUCGGUAAUGACAGAUGAGCUAAAGGCUCAAGUCACAAAGAAAGAAUUGCCUCCGCCUUUACCGGGCAUGGAUGUGGAAUCGCUCGCCGAUGCGUAUAGAACGAUGGGGGGAUCAAAACUAUAUGGCUACGAUCCAGAAAAUGAUUACCACCGUAGAGGGACUAUGAUCCGUCCUGACAUGCAGAGAAAAGGAUUUGGCUCCUUCCUCACUCAGUACUGUAAUCAAAUUGUCGAUCACACGGGUGAUAGGUUGUGGACGCGAUCUCGUCCAUCAUCGCAGAAAAUGUUCCGGCAGAAUGAGUUCGUCGAAGUUGGCCGCUUGGAUAGUCAUCAUGAACGAUGGGGUGGCACACGCGAAAAAUCUAUAACUUAUAUACUUCUUCAUUCUCCACCAUGUGUUUCGAUGGGAAAGGAUCCUAUGAUAUAA